GCACCAGUCCAUCUUCCCAUCAGCAGUCCGGUCAACAACAUUCUCCAGGAGGAACCACCGCAAACUUCACCGACUCCCCGCUCUUCAAAACACCGACAUGGAUGCCCUCAAGUCGGCUGGGAGAGCAAUUAUCCGGAGCCCAAGUAUGGCGAAACAGUCGUGGACUGCCGGCAGACACAGAAAGCUUCCGGAGAACUGGACUGACACACGGGAGACCAUCUUAGAGGGCAUGACCUUUAACCUUCGUCACCUCGGCAUGACACUAGUGGACCAGCCCAAAGGAGAAGAGCUGUCAGCAGCUGCUGUAAAGAGGAUUGUUGCCACGGCUAAAGCCAGUGGGAAGAAGCCUCAGAAAGUUGCUCUCAAGGUUUCUCCUCAGGGAAUCGUUCUUUGUGACAGCUCAACCAAUAAACUCCUGGAGAAUGUUUCCAUAUACAGAAUAUCCUACUGCACUGUGGACAAACUGCAUGAUAAAGUGUUUGCUUAUAUCGCUCAAAAUACCCUCAACGGGACCCUGGAGUGCCACGCCUACCUCUGCUCCAAGAGGAAAGUGGCUCAGGCAGUAGCCCUGACAGUAGCCCAGGCCUUCACAGUAGCCUUUGAGCUCUGGCAAGUAGCCAAAGAAGAGAAAGGGAAGAGAGUGAAAUCUGGCUCUGCUGGAGAGGCCAGCAGCAGCUCCUACUCAGAGAGAUCGAACAGCAUUGGGAGUCUGAAAGGAACAGAUGUUGCCACAGACAGCCUUUUGGCCUUUGAGGACAGUGUGAAUGUGGUGGUGGAAACCAACGGAAACGUAGAAGAGGAUCAGCUGGAUAACCACCGGCCCUCUGAGACCAAUAACAACGCUGCCUGGGAAAUAGAAGAUGGUUUGGAUGAAGCCUUCUCAAGCUGUGCUCUGGAUAGCUAUGGUUCAUUUCCAGACUGGCAGUGUCGCGUACUAACCCCCAGGUCCUGGACACUGGGGUGACGCCCCAAGACUUGCUCACUGAACCCGACUGGGACAACGCCAAUGGAAACACUCCUAACGGUUUGAGUCCGUUUGGGGACGAUAUCUUUGGCUUCUGACCACCACUGCACAGCGGGGAGAGAGAUGACAACUAGACGGAGGAAGAGGCGUCUUCCUACGAUUUAACAUGAUAUUUCGUGUCUAUUUCAAAUGAGGCUACAGUAAGUCCUCAAGGGAACAAGUGUAGAACUGUGAGAUGAAGUGUGGCCUCUUCACCUUGUUGUUGCACUCUUCACAUGAGCCGUUCUUCCCUUCUCUGUGGAACCAGCACAGGCUGCUGCCCCUGCACACCAAAGCAAUAAUAACAUCCUUUAGUGUUACUACAUCUCUUCUGUUGUUACGCUGCCAACAUUAGUGCUAACGUAUGUCCACCAAGUCAUCUUCUGUUAGCAUGUGUUUUUCUUUUGUUUACUUAAAUUCUUCCGUUUCUGUAGUUUGGGCAUCAUAAUCAGUAUUUUGUAUGUGUUUAGUUAUAAUUUAUAGUUAUUUUUUUAUGGAUUGCAUAGGACUUGAUUGUACAGACUGUAUCAACAGGCCUUAAUAAUAACAGCAGGACAAUCAGCUAUGAUUAUACCGUCAAAUUACAAAAAAAGAAAUUCUUAAGUACAACAUGAGUGGAUUUAGUCUAGUGAGGUUUUGGCCUUUGUCUUGGAUGAAAAUUGAAGAUUGUUUUCUGUCUAUAAUCUGAAAAUCAGUGUGCUUGUUCUAUUUAUAUGAAAUCUUCCAGUGGCUCCUUCAAGACUUAAUGUUACAGGCAUUACUUUUUCGCUGCAGCAGUGUAACAUUCUUCUCUUGAAAUGAAGCCCAGAUGUGUUCACAACCCGCUGCGGCCCUUUCAUUGUACACUUUAAUCUACCAGCAUUGUAAAGAAUUGAAAUAUAUUCAUGAAUACACAGUA